AAUAUUGCAUACAGAUGGCGACAUCGUAUAAUCUGAAAUUGUUUUCAAUAUUGUCAUAUGUAUUUGUCACGUCGUGGGAAAGAUUAUGUUAUUAUUUUUUGAUUUUAGAAAAUAUUGAUUAAGAAUAAUUACAAGUAGAAACUUUUUGAAUGUGACGUGUGAUAAUAGUCUUUUUCUUUGUAUUUCUUAACGCAUUGUCGCCAAUUUAUUUUCACAAAGAUGGCUAAUGUACUGCAGAAUUGGAGUCCCUACGCCAAAGAAUAUGAUCCGUUGAAAGCAGGAAGUAUUGAUGGUACAGAUACAGAACCACAUGAUAAAGCUAUUAGUCGUGCAAUGCAAGCGCAUUAUGAACCACCUCGUGGAUUAAAAUCAAAACCACAAAGAACGUUAUUCGUCGCGAGGUUUGGUUCAAAGAUCACCAAACAUGAUUUAAAAGAGUUUUUUUCUAGAUACGGCGAAGUUGUAUCAGUGAAAAUUAUAGUUGAUGUUGUAACUGGGCUAUCUCAGGGUUAUGGAUUUGUUGAAAUGAGAAGUGAAGAUGAAGCUGCAAGAGUCAUUAGACGCUGUGUUGAUGUUACGCUAAAGGGACAUCAAAUUUUUAUAGAUUAUGAAUGUGGACGUACUUUGCAUGGAUGGAAACCAAGGAGACUUGGUGGUGGUUUUGGUGGCAAAAAGGGAUCAGGUCAGCUUAGAUUUGGUGGAAGAGAUAGGCCUUUUAAAAAGCCAAUUGUACCUAAUAUUAUUAGGUCUAAUCCUCACCAUCAAGAACAUCAUCAUCAUCAUCAAGAACAUCACCACCAUCAAGAACAUCAUUAUCAUCAAGAACAUCAUCGUCAUCAUUAUCACUAAGAAAGUUUUAUAUUUAUAACGUAA